AUGAAAAAAGAGAUACUCUGUGUUUAUGAGAAUGAGAGGAAGAAAAUUUAGAAGGUAAUUGAUGAGAACAAAGGUAGAAUUGCUAUUACAACCGAUCUAUGGACUGCAAGUAACCAAAAGAAAGGUUACAUGGUUGUAACGGCGCACUAUAUUAACAAUUCGUGGACUUUAAGGAGUCAUAUGCUCAGGUUCAUCUAUGUGCCUGCUCCCCAUUCUAGUGAGAGAAUUGCAUCUGUCUUCGUCAAUUGCAUGCUCGAUUGGAAUAUCGACACAAAGGUAUCCACUAUCACAUUGGAUAACUGUAGCACAAACGAUGCAAUGAUUUCCAAAAUUAAGAAAAAAUUGGUCUUAUCUUAUCUGUUGAGGGAAGGUGCACUUCUUCAUAUGCGGUGUUCGGCUCAUAUAUUGAAUUUGAUAGUCAAAGAUGGGUUAGAUGUUGUGAAGGAUGGUAUUGAAAAAAUCAGGAAUAGUGUGUCUUAUUGGUUGGCCACACCAAAGAGAUUGGAGUUUUUCCAAGAGACUAGUAAACAGUUGCGUGUUCCAUGUGAGAAGAGACUGGUUUUGGACUGCCCUACAAGGUGGAAUUCAACAUUUCUAAUGCUCUCCAUUUCUAUUCCUUACAAAGAAGUGUUUAAUAGGCUGAAACAACGUGAUCCUCUAUAUGAUUGUUUGCCUUCCAGU